UCAUACUAUUAACUUUAAUGAUAAACAUGUUCACCAAUACUUACAUGGGACUAUCAUAGACUACGCAGAUUUGUUCAAUGUACAACUUUUCAGCUUAUUUUAUUCGUUUGUUUAUUUAAGUAGAAUAAAAAGUUUCACGUUAAAUCUGCAUUCUAAUUUGUGACUACAUAAAUAGAAUGCUGUUAUCCUUAUCUACUUUAAUGCUCAUUAUAAUUAACGAGGUUAAUAAUGUAAAAAGUGAAGAAUAUGCUCAGAUGUCAAUCUUAAAUACGGACCAACCUGACUGUCAUUUUCUUUGUGAACUUUGUACUUCAACAGUAAAUGCUACUAAGUUCAUAUUGGAUAAUGAACCAUUUAUACCGGAAAUACUUAAGAAUUUUAUGCCAAUUUGUUAUAUGUUACCAAAAUUACAAUAUCGGAAAAUCUGUUAUCACUUUGUGAACGGUGGUGCCGUGGAUCUAAUUCAUGAAUUAGUGAAUACAAUUAAUGAAAACAAUUUUUGUUUUCAUCUUGGAUUAUGUAGUAGUACAAUUCCAUGCCCAAGCUUUCAGAAAACUUUGACUUAUAACAACAUGUCUACUUAGAUCAUUUUCAUCCUGUUGAGUUCAUACAACAAGAAGAUAAAUCUUUUGAAAUGAUGGAAUUUUUUUUAAAAAUACACUUCAAAGUACUGACAAUUACUUAA